GAUAUAUACGCGUGCAAAUUUUGCCGUGGAGGUAGAGAGAGAGAGAGAGAGAGGAGCACUUUUUGAUUUCCCGUGAGAAGAAGUAGCUGUGGAGCCUCUGAAUUGCCUGGUCGUGGUUUGGUUUAUGUGAUUUCCGUCGCGAUAAGCGUCGGCGGCGGUGGGGAGCGGCCGCCGUGGAGUGUUGAUUGAAAAUGCUGAUGAUUUACGGAGAUUUGUUUGCUGUUGCUUCGUGAUCUGAUUUGCUACCUUCCGAUCUCGGCAAUUGCUAGAUGAUUGGAUCUGUGUUGUGUUGGAAGGGUUAAGUUUGCAGCAAGUUGUUGGAUCUGUUGCCGAUAGGAGGAAGGAAAUUGUUUUUGGAUUGUCAGUCAUUUGUCGGUACAAACUUAUGUUGAAUUGUAACUCAAAACUGUGAUAAUUGUUUGAAGAUAGGAGUUGGAGUGAUCCAUUGAGGAGAUGUCAUUCAAGAGCAUUAUUCGCGAUCUAAAGGAUAUGAAAAAUGGGUUUGGGAGCAUGUCCAGGAGGGAGUUUGAUGGUAUGCAUUGGCGAAGCAGGACAAAGACAUUUAUAGCUCCUGAUGUAGCUCCUUCCGAGCCAAUCGAGCAAGGGCAAUGGGCGAAUCUACCUCCUGAGUUGCUACUGGACAUCAUCCGGAGAGUGGAAGACAGUGAGGCUGCCUGGCCUGCAAGGAAAGCCGUUAUCUUCUGCGCAUCAGUUUGCAAAUCUUGGAGGACUAUUGCUAAGGAAAUUGUCAAAACUCCUGAAGAAUGUGGGAGGCUGACGUUUCCGAUUUCGUUAAAACAGCCGGGGCCCCGAGAUGCUCCGAUCCAGUGCUUUAUCAAGAGGGAUCGAACUAACUCUACCUAUCACCUCUAUUUCGGUUUAAUCCCAUCGGAGGACGAGAAUGAUAAAUUAUUGCUUGCGGCUAAAAAGAUCAGGAGAACCACAAGCAAGGACUUUGUGAUCUCCUUAGUUGCGAACGAUUUUUCUCGUUCCAGCAACACAUAUGUCGGAAAACUUAGGUCUAAUCUCCUGGGGACGAAAUUCACAAUCUGUGAUAGCCAACCACCAAAUGCCGCUGCUGUUCAGCACGCUAACAAGCAUAGUCGGAGAUUCAGCGCAAAGCAGAUAUCCCCAAAAAUACCGGCAUGCAACUACAAUGUCGCCACCAUUUCCUAUGAACUCGUUCUGCGCACAAGAGGCCCUCGAAGAAUGCAUUGCGUGAUGCAAUCGAUUCCCGUCUCUGCCAUUCAAGAAGGCGGCACUGCUCCCACCCCAACAGAAUUUCCGCAGCAUCUGGACAAGAAAUCUUCGAGCUCGAAAGGGAAGGAUCCGAUUAUAUCUUUCAGCUCCCCGAAUCUUUCAGCUGAACCAACACCGGGAGCCCAUGACGCCCUCUUUCUCAAAAACAAAGCCCCGAGAUGGCACGAGCAGUUGCAAUGCUGGUGUCUGAACUUCAAAGGCCGCGUGACAGUCGCAUCGGUUAAAAAUUUCCAGCUCGUUGCGGAUGUUGACCCUUCAGUCGACUUACCGGCUGAAGAGAAAGAUAAAGUGAUUCUGCAGUUUGGAAAGAUUGGAAAAGACAUAUUCACCAUGGAUUAUCGCUACCCGCUCUCGGCAUUUCAAGCCUUUGCGAUUUGCUUGAGCAGCUUCGACACCAAGCCCGUCUGCGAGUGAAUUCGGUAAAUAACUCCUGAUCUUUUAAGUUAUGUUGAUUAUCUUUCCGAAAGAUCAAACCGUAGUUAUGAAUCUUAGCUGGUUGUUCAGUCGUAGAAACGAUGCCGAGGUUCUAUAUCUCUUCUUAAUGUCUCUGAAACUUGCAUUCGAUCGAUCGACCGACCUCGGAACUGUUUAUAGAAUGAAAUACAUUCUGGUGAAUCUGCUAAUAUCAUCGUUUAUGACAUUCGUUUCUUUGUUGGA